AAUCGCAUUAUUUAUUACAUACUACACGCUUCUUUUGGUUCCUCUUCUUCUGCUCUGCAUUAUUCACAGUCACUGUCUGAAAUCUCUAUUAAGCCAAACAAGACAUUCCCACCCAUAGAUUGUGUUUGAGAAAUCGGUGCGAGCGAAAAUGGAGAAUGAUCCCGAAACCAAAGCAAGAAUCGAGGAAGCUGUUCGGAAGAUUCUCGAAGAAUCAAACAUGGACGAGGUCACCGAGUCCAAGAUUCGCAAGCAAGCCUCCACUGAACUCGGCCUCGACCUCUCUGUUCCACCCUUCAAAGCCUUCGUCAAGCAGGUCGUGCAAGCUUUUCUCGAAGAGAAGCAACAGCAGCUGGAAGAACAACAACAAGAGGAAGGAGGAGGAGUUACCCAGGACAAGGAGUUCGAUGAUGAUGGCGAUCUCAUCAUCUGCAAGCUUUCGGAGAAGAGGAAGGUGACGAUUCAGGAUUUCAGAGGGAAAACACUGGUCUCCAUUCGGGAGUAUUACAGAAAGGAUGGGAAGGACUUACCUACUUCAAAAGGAAUAAGUUUGACAGAGGAGCAGUGGUCUACAUUCAAGAAAAAUGUGCCUGCCGUAGAAAAAGCCAUUGAGAAAAUGGAGUCACGCAUAUAAGGACGUGAGGAUGUUCAUCUGAAGAUUAAAGUAUUAACAUCUUUCUCUAAUGAUCAGUCAAAACAAACUUCUCUAGUUCUUUUGGAGAUGCCAAGUUGAUGUUUAAACUCUCAAGUGAUAUGGCUGUGCUGUUUUUGAUGUGAAUAUCCGACUAGACCAUUUUGUUGAGAACUUGAAAACUGGAUCCGGAUCCUUUACUGUGUUAAGUUCUUAUAAUCGGUGAAUGUAAAAAAGCUAUUUUGUGAAAACUUUGGAGCUAGGAAUGAAUGCUAGUGACUUAAAACUGAAUUUAGUAAUCUGUCAUUUCCUUCA